AUUCCAACGUGGCGGUAUCCAACGUUUAGAGAUUGUCAUCAUUAUAAACGUACAUAGUAUAAUGUUAUGUUGCACCCAAUCUAUUUUUAAUGAAAAAAAGAAUUUUUAGCGAUAUAUAUGAGAAAGGAGAUCGUUGGAGUAGUUACGAUCCCGCCAAUCAUCGCGAAAUUAUAGAAGAAUAUGAGAAGGUGGAAGAAGCUAAACGUCAAUUAAAAGCCGAAAAAUUAAAGAAUGAUCCUGAUGCGGAAAUAUCUCGCAUGGGAGGCUCAUGGUAA